AUGUUCACUCUAGCUGAGACGCGGGACCGCGGCGCAUCCUCGUCGGAGUCUGCUGCUGCUUCCGCAGCAGCACUUCCUUCUCCGUCGAGCCUGAUUCUGAGUUCCCGCAGCAGCAGCAGCAGCAGCAGCAGCAGCUCCGCACUCUCCCAGAUCCUCUCUCUGGACCCCACGGACGCGUCCGCGGUGGCCGCAGCAGCAGCAGCAGCAGCAGCACCAGCAGCAGCAGCAGCCCUCGCGCAGCAGCGCGUGCUGCUGCAGACCUCCCUCGGGCCGCUGCUGCUGGAACUCUACUGGGCCCACGCGCCGCUUUGCUGCCUCAACUUUUUCCUCCUCGCCCGCCGCGGCGCCUUCGACGGCUGCCGCGUCCUGCAGGUGGCGCCGCAGUGGGCGUUGGCGGGCGACGCCUCCGACACGGGCAGGGGGGGGGCUUCGGUCUUCGGCAAGCCUUUUCCCGACGAGAUCCAUCCAGGUGGCUGGCUAGCCAGCUAG